AUGUUCUGGAGGACAGCAAUCGUACAGUCUAGCAAGUCUGCUUCGCAGCCGGAGUGGAGUGGAUGGGAAGAUAUUAAGUAUACCUUCAUCUUUGGCGACUCCUGGACCGACACAGCAUUCGAUCCUCAAGGCACACAACCAAACCCAGGAAAUCCUCUUGGAAAUCCGGACUUUCCAGGUCGAAAUGCUGCCAAUGGGACAAAUUGGGUAGGGUUUCUGUCCACCAAAUACAACGAGUCUUUCCUACAGACCUACAACCUCGCCGUAUCAGGUGCAACUCUGGAUAACAGCAUUGUUCAGGGGUAUCCUAACCCUAUCAGCGUACAAGUUUAUCAACGCUUCAUGUCACACUACGGUGAUGGUCACUCUCCUCCAUGGAGCGCAUCCAAUAGCCUUUUCAUCAUGUGGGCGGGCAUUGUGGAUUUGGUAAUGAUGAAUGGAGUCCAUGAUCCCGAAGCAUUGUCUCACAUCAAUGGCAACCUGACGAUCGUCUACUCCAGAUUGCUGAAUACUCUGUACGGAGCUGGGGCCAGAAACUUCCUGCUCCUCAACGAACCACCUCUCGAGAGAACGUGGCAACCUGCUGAGAAAGAAAAGAUUAAGGCCAAAUUUGCAUCCGAUGUGGCUAUUUACAAUCAGAGGGUGAAGAAUGCAGCGUUCGACUUGAAGAAGACUUUUCCUGAUUCAAAUGUGUUUCAUCUCAACACAAAUGAUCUAUUCAAUCAGGCCUUAGACGACGCAAAAGCGUUCCCUCAGACGAGUGGAAUUCUGAAUACAACUGACCCGUGUCCAGAGUAUCAGAGUGGGACCCCAACAUCGGACUAUUAUGAUCCAAAAUGCCGAAUUCCUGUCAACCAGUACUUCUGGCUGAACGGGUUACAUCCCACUUAUCCUAUUCAUGAUGUCCUUGCAGAGCAUAUUGCCAAGCUGCUCAAGCAAGGGCCGAACAUUAUCUGA